UACAACUCAGUACUCAGGCUCCAUGAAAUUGUUGACGGAUCAGUGCAUUGAAUCACGGCUAGAAAGCUCGGGCAGGACAACCAAAAGAAGUGAAGCAUGUCCUCGGCAGCUGGUACCAGCUGGCGCUCUCCUCAUUUCACAAUUGCUGUAGUGCCAGUGGGUCUCGUGUCUGCUAAGGCCUAAAUUAAACCCCUGCCAGAAGCUUCCCUCAUUCCAACACACCGCCAUGGUCACCGACAGACUCUGGCGUACUCUUUCUGCCUUCAACCGAUCCACCCGAAGCUGGGAACCCAUACCUUUGCGAAACGUACAGAGCCAAGCGACACUGAGGUUUUCUCCCACAUUACGGAGCAUCGACACCUUUUGGACGCAGAGGUUUUCUCUCAUAUCAUGGAACAUCGACGCCUUCUCCCCGCGGCACGUCUCACGCGCCAAAUUCAUCCUCAGCCAUAUCCUCGAGGAAUCGAAAUCUCCUGAUAUCCUCUUUCUCCAAGAAGUCACGCCUGAGGUCCGGGCCUCUCUCCUAGAUGAUGCGAGAGUGCGCGCUGCCUUCCUGGUGACUGACGCCGAGGACCAAACGUCGUUUGAGGACGUGCCCUUUGCCACCAUGACAUUGCUGUCCAGCACGCGCUUUACCUCCGGGCUGGAUUCGCAGAAGGAAGGCGAUGGGAUCGAGGGAGGGAAAAAAUUCAUGCUCGGGCGCGUCUCCCGCGUGAUACUCCCGAGCAAGUACAGGAGGGAUGCGCUUUGUGUGGACAUCAUCCCCCCAAUAUCGCCACGUACAGUCUUUCGUCUCAUCAGCGUGCACCUCGACUCGCUCCGGGAUACGCUACACUACCGCGCCCAGCAGAUGGAGAUACUGGCCAACGUCCUGCGCGAGCCCGGAUGCAGUGGCGGGAUCAUUGCGGGCGACUUCAACGCCAUCAGCCCCGAGGAUGAUGGGCUCGUCGACAAGAACGAACUGGUAGAUGCGUGGGUCGCAUUGCACGGGAGAGACCUUGAUGGAGCUACGUGGGGUGUCGGCGUGGAACGGCGGGACGGAAUAGGGCCGGGCAGGUUGGACAAGGUUGCAAUGAUGGGCUUACAGGCUAAGGAAAUGGAAGUCCUCCGCCCUGGUACUAUUGAGGUGCCCAGGCCGGGCGAGAAACCUGUCGAGAUUCCUUGGAGUGACCAUUGCGGGCUGAGAUGCACCUUUACCAUCUGAAUACCAUCAAACAGGUUUAGGCUAGCACCCUCGACGAGGAGUAAUUACCAAAUUUGUCAUAGAUGUAGAGCGAAGACGCCGGAGCAACUGCGUUUUUCUUUUUAAACGUCGAAUGCUAUGUAUCCUAUUCUAUAAUUCAUCUCUUU